AUGAUCUACUACAGCGACCGCCGCUGGUGGCGCCUCUUGCUGCACGCGAACGGCUCGUCGCUCGCCACGUCGUCCACGCUGAGCCGCGCAGCGGUCGUCGUCGCCCUCUCUUCGGCCCUGACGCUGUACCAGGUGCAGCGCCCCGCGCCGCUCGCGCCUGCACGCGCGGCGCUCGACCAGCACCUGCUGCUCUGCGCCACGACAUUCCUCGCAGUGCUCGUCAGUCUGCGCGUGUUCGAUGCGCUGCGUCGCUGGCAAAAGGGCGUAGCGUCCGUCGGUGCGCUAGCCGAUGCCGUGCGCACGCUCAUGGCCACGAGCUGCGCGUUCGUGCACUUGUCCCGCAAAAGCGCAGCCGCGGACCACGUCCAGAGCCGCUUCAAGUGCCAGUUCCUCCGCGACGUCAAGCGGUUUUUGUUGCUGUACGUGGCGCUGCUGUUCCACGACUGCAACCGGUGCGACGCGUCGGCCGAAGUGCGCGCGCUGCUGACAGUCGCCGAGGCCGACGCGUUCGCUACGCUGGACGUCUCGAGCCUGGGCGAGGCCACGUGGAACCGCGAGCGCAAUGCCGUGGGCUCGGCCAACAAGAUGCGGGCCGCGAUCGUCGAGCUCUGGCUCCGACGGACGCUCAACCGCGCGCGGAGGAAGAGCUACGUGACGGCCGAUCAGGCGAUGGCGCUCCAUCGUCUGGUCUCGACGCUGGCGCACGUGUACACGGAGAUCUUCACUCUGUGCAACGUACCCAUUGCAUUCAACUUGGCCCAGUGUUUGCAUGUGGUGUACGUCGGGUACUUGCUCUUCCUGGGCGCAGUGCUCGCACCCGUAACGGGCUUGCUGGCAUCUCUGUAUGUGGGUAUCGCAGCAGUGCUGCUGAUGGCACUGGACGAUGUGGCUUCGUCGAUUGAAUGCCCCUUUGGUGCCGACCCAAACGCUGUGGAUCUCGAAGCACGCAUCUUGUGCAUCCAAGACGAGCUCAAGGUGAUGUUGCAAGCUCAUUUUCGAUCGGUUGGCCACGAAGACUUGUUCAAGGAACACGACCGCAUGGCAUCGCUGUCGUCGCUUCUCUCAGUGGACGUUGACACCGAAAGCCGCGGCCGUGCGCGACAUGGGUCCGUGUCAUCGUCGUACUCGUCAAAGGAACGCCCGCCUCAGUACGCUGCGCCGUCGUCAAUGUCGGCCACCGAUCGAGCGGUGCUGCUGUCGACAACCCAGUCUAAUGCGUACGGCGCCAUUGCAGAAGCCGACGAUGAAGUGGCAAGCCCGCCUGCAAUGCACGGGUCAGAUGACCACGCACACAUUGCUGUCUAA